AUGUUUAGUUCUGCAAAUCAAGCCAGCACGAAAGAUCUGUACGUGACAAAUCCAGGUCAACUUCUUGGCAACAGAUAUGACUGCAAUAAUGAUUCAGCUUUUAGUUCAAGUAGUAAUUCUCAAUACCUGUACUCUCAGAGAAGUGGAUCACAGGAAUAUUCCCAGCAAUUUGUCCCACAAGGAAGUGAGUCUCCUGGGUCAAAUUUUUAUCAGAAGUAUAAAGCUAUGAGCCCUCUGUUCAGUAAUGAAAACAAUCCAUACAGAAGCAGUGCACAAGCUCCAGGGAAGAUAAACUACCAGCAGCAGUUGCAAAUUAACAAGGCAAAGGCCAGAGAAAGAGAUGAAAGAGACCUAUUGGAUUCUAUUGUAACAACAGUCAGAGAAUGCACUCAAGAAGUUACUGGAACAGUAGCUUCCAUGAAAAAGGACAUCCACCAAGGCAUCAGAACAAAUGAUGAAAAGGUGACAGAUAUGUUAGAAAAAAUCAAAACAGAUAUGAACAAGAACUACGAAAAACUACUGAAAGUGCUGGAAGAAAGAGAACAAGACAAGGAAAAACUGAAGGACAUGGAAAAGAGUCUCACUGCUAAAGAUGCAAUGAUCUCACAAUUGCAAAAUGACCUAGAAAAACUGAGACUACAGAAGGAGGAAAAAAUUGUUGCCUCUUUAAAACAGACAUAUGCUGAGCAGCAAGAAUUAAACAGACAGCAGAUACAUCAGCUACAUCAGGCACAAGUACAGCAUAUUGAGGAACAGACUAAAAGACGGAGGGAUCAAACUGAAGGACAAGAAAAGCAGCACCAGCAGCUUAGGAGUGAGAGCAGAAAACAGAUCAAAGAAUUGGAACACAGAGUCACUCAAGAGCUAGAUACACAGCAAAAGCAGCUGGAGCAUCACAUGAGAGAGAUCACAGAAUCCUACUGCCAAUUACUGGAGCACAAACAUGAACAGCAGAAACAAGAUUUGGAAAAGUGGUUGGUGCAACAGAUGCAAGGAAAAACACAAAAAGGUUUUGUAUUACAGGAAGAUUCAUUCAUAUUUUUUUCUAAAAAUACACAAACACACUCAAAGACAACUUACAUUGGAAAGGACCUGAACUUAGAGCAUGGUCAGAUAGCCAGGCAGUUCCUCAGAGUGGGGGGACAAGAACUGCAAGAUAAACUUAAUACAGUGUGUGCCAGUUUUGGUGAGGUGGUGGUGACCAGGAAAUGUGGGACUUUGCCUGACAAUUGCAAGGUAGUCUAUCACGUGGUUCUGCCAACUUAUGCUCGUGGGAAGGGAGAAACUAUCCUAAGCAGAGUUAUCUCUGAAUGUCUCCAAAUGGCGUCAGACGUCGGCCUCACUUCCAUAGCAUUUCCCUCCAUUGGCUGUGGUAACCUCAAGUACAGCCCAAUGCUGGUGGCUCAGACUUUUCUGGAGGAGUGUGAAAAAUUUGCCAAAGGAAGAACAAGUCUGAAGUAUGUCAACCUAGUGGUGUAUGAUGGCAGCACCUUCCAAGACUUUCAAGAUGAGCUGGCAUCCAAGUCAGGAGGAAGAUCUCCAAGAGGGCGCCACAGUAGACAACAUUCUCAAGAUCUGCAGAUCAAAAAUGGCUGA